AUGGUCGCGCCAAACCAAUCCACGGGAUUCAACGAGAGCCUUUCAUGCCAUCCGUCCUUGUCAGACGCGCCCCAGAAGAGCAAUACAACACGCAUUCGCUUGGUCAAGUCGUACUCUUUGUCUUCUGGUAAGAUGGAUGCAAGAAUGACCGACGACGCCACCGAAACUGGCAUCGGAGCCGCAUCCCAGGUGCUCAGGACCUGUGAUGGCACACCCGUCAAACCGCUCCCAAACAUCAUCAUUGUCGGUGCCAACCGUGAGCGAUAUCUGCGGAAUGCAGAGACGGUCAAGAUCGCCCAAAGUAACGUCAAGAGGCAGCUCCUUCACGCCUGGCACUCGCGCGAUCCGGCUCACUACAACCCCAACAUUGAUCAGUGCUUUGAGCGCCACUAUGCCGGCUACUACGCGCUCGAGCUGAAGAACCCCUUCUGGCGCAAAUGGCUCAAGCAGUCCGUCAUCCCAAAGGAUGCCUGGCGGAAGAUCUGCGCAUGGUCCAAGGUCCUGGACCGGAAGAAGAAGUGCAGGCAGAUGAGGGAGAAGCGAGCGGCCGCGGCUGCAGAGGCCGACGCCGCCAACGCCAUGGACGUGGGCUUCGGCGACACAGCCCCCAUCAAGGACACGAUCAUGGUCGAUGUUAGCAACGUCCCCGCCGAGCAUGAAGAAGAAGAAGAUGUGGACAUGGACAGAGAAGAGGAUAUGGACACGGAUGACAACACGGAGAUCAGCCGGUGA